CCACGACGUUCGUUUCAAAAGGUGCAGGAAAGGUGCAGGGCUGGUUCAUGAUUUUGCUGCACCCGCUCCACUGUCGGUGCCGACUUGGUGCAGGCAUGCAGGUGCGAAGCAGACGACGCAGCACACGGGCGCGAGCACCGUUGAAACCCCGCUUACGCACGUCUGAUGUGUCUACGCAGCUGUGGUGUGUAUUUACGCCCCAGAAACCGAUCAUACCUGCAGUUCAGGACCUCUCAAACUUACGCACUCCGUGCACAUUAGUCUGACAUAGCAUAACGCCUAAACCGCGUCUGCACCUUUGCAUUCGUUUCGAGUGUUUCGCUGGGCCUGCACCUCCGGAAUCGAGCUGCACAGUUUCUGAACUUCUCGUGAACCGCUGUGAACUGGUUCGCAGUGGUGCAGGCGAAUCGAACAGACCCCGUGUUGCUCACGGCGAUGCUCCGCCUUUUGGGCCACCCUCCUCUCUUGUUUACAUCUUUCGCGAAACCACGCCGCGCUGCGCGUGGUGUCGCGCGCGGAGCGCGCGCGCUCGCGCAACAUCUGGCAGAGCACGGUGCAGGUAACACAGCGCAACAAGACACGGUGACUAACGCAAACCCGCCCACUCAGCGCCUUUGCCACGGCCCGAAACCUACCAGAGCAACACGUGUGAGCGUUCAAAACCAUAAAAACGCCGCCAUUGUGGCCUAAAAGGCGUGGCCAUACAAAAAAAAAAAAAAAAAAAAAAAGCAGCAAAAAAAUGAGAACCUACUACGUCAUUUCCGCCACACUUUUCUCCUAGCGCGCGGAGGGGGUAGGGCCUCUCCUUAGUUUCCUUCCUCCGUGCUUCGGGCGGACCAAUGGACUCAGGAGCCUUUUAGGAUUAGUGCAGGACAUCUUUAGGAUUUACCGAAGUCCUAAUGCCUACAUUCUAGAUACUUAUUGAGGAUGCCUUUGCGUUGUCUGGGCAGUUUUAUACUUAAUUCAUGGCUUCAUUAAAGGUUCUCUACGCACAAUUCUCCAGUUGAAGUAUCUUGUUAAAGUAGGUUUGUUGCAGUACUAAAUACUGCGUUGUAAAGGUAUUGUGAAAUAACAAAAUGCGCACAAAAGCGUUUAAAAUCCAGUAUUUUAAGCGAGCGCGCUUCGCGUACUCCGCGUGCGAUCGUCGCGCCGCGUCAGGUUUCAUACAAGUGGUUGAGUGGGUUCAGUGUUCAGUCGCCUGCGCGUUUGGCUGACUUCCAUCAGCGUUUCAGUUGUGUUUAGACUGGGUGACGGUGUUUGCGUUCGGCCGCAUCGUGCGAUCCAGACGCAAGAAAGGUUUGUCUCCGUCACUACAAAAGCUGCUGGUUUGCUGUGAGCCAGCAGCAGUAAAAGGAGAAGAUGAAAUUUGUUUCCGUGUUUCGUUUCUGUGUGUCAAAGUAGGAUGAAGGUUGCAGUGCGCCGUGUGAACCUCUCCCGUGCCAAGAUUGUUCACGUGUUUACUGCUUGUGCUUCAACUGUUUGAUCGCCUAGUAUCCGUACGUGAAUGUAGUAUGAAGGUGUCGACACAUUUCAAGAUUGCGCCGUCCAUGCAUAUUUUGUCGCUUGGAACUGCCAAACUUCUUAUACUCUUCGCUUUUACUGGUCACGUUAGCAGCACAAGUGCAAAGAACUGCACGAGAGAAUGCGAAGCAUGUGUUCCAGGGACGCACGCAAGCUCAGCAUGCAACUGCUGCCCCAUCCGAGGCCACUGUCCGAAACCAGCAGCGGACGAUGCCUCCGGCACGCUGUGUCUGCCAUGCAACACUGGAACAUUCUGCAAGGACCUGGGUUGUCCAGCUUGCGAUCCUUGCCCUCCGGGCACAUCCACAGCUCAACGAAGCGCACAGAACUGCACACCCUGUGAAGCAGGUUUCUACAAGCCUUUUCUUGGAUCUGGCACAUGCAGUGCCUGUUCUCAAGGCAGCUACACCUUGCUGAAAGGCUCCACUGAAUGCACGGUCUGUCCUGCUGGCUUCUACUGCUCGUGCACACAUUGUGGACCACUUCCUUGUCCUGAUGAUGCUAUUUGUCCUGUUGGGAGCACUCAGCCAACCUAUUGUUACAAACCACUGUUUGUCAAGCACGGCUAUUCCUGUUACAUGUCUGAUUCAGCAAUUGGAAUCAUCAUUGGUGUCUGCAUCUCUGCUGUCAUAAUGUUGGGAUUUUUAUCAGCCCGAUACUACUACACCAGAUGGAAGGAUCAGUCUAAGAAUCCAACAGAAAUCAGCUCCCUGGUUGCAGAAAGUCGUAGAGACCCUGUCUACACUGGACUCUAGUCAUGGAUGACACUGAAAGUUCAUGCAAAGUAUCUCCUCACCUAUGUUGACCUAACACCUGUUUCAAAGUAUGCCUCUGCUUGCUUUCUGUACCAAAGACCAGAUUCAUGGCUUUGAAUUGAUGGAAGUUUUGCAAAAUGCGAGCCACUCAUGAAAAGAAAAGUUAGAUAUGAAUGAAUAAGUGGCAUUUUAUCAUCAUCCAGUAACAGUGCUGAGGAUCUAUGUUGUAUGUAGGGCCCAUUCUUCUGAUAUUUUGCUACCUUUCUUCCUGAACUGCCAUGACCCUGGCUUCUGGUAAGAUAAGGGGGCAACUGCAGUUGUGAAUUUAUGCUGGGCUUUAUUGUUCUGGAGUAUGUCUAAUCGCUCAGCUGUAUUUAUCACCUUUUCCCAAGAUAUGGAGUGCAUGCAGGUGAAGUGUUACCAAAUCUGCAGUUGUGUACAUCCUGUUCAUAACGAGCAGUAUAGAAUGGCCUGCAAAUAAUGCAUUUCCAUAGGUACAGGUGUCAACGUUUCCAUGUGAAAAUGAUUUUGUGAGAAUAAUAGUGCUUCCAUUGUUCUUUGCAUUGAGUAUAACUUGCUAGGAAAUUCUGUAUGUUCACUUGUGAAAAACAUCUAUAAUAGCACCUAUGUCACAUAUGCACAAAAUAUGGCAAUAUUAUCUAAUAUUAGAGCUUUGAAUUCAUUUAGGAGGGAGUAAUAUACAUCUGCAUCCCCAUAAUGUUAGUGAUCUUCAUGGUUAUUGUUAGCUAGGUUUUCUAAUUAGUGCAAACGCAUGCAACAAUACAAGGAAUGAAAGUGCUCGGCAAAGCUUAUCAGUAACCUCAGUGUUGAAUCUUAAGAAUGUCUUGCAAUAGAUUGUCUGACUUUUUAAGGACUACUUUUAAUUGUUAGUUGGCUCACAAGAUGUCUUAAGUUGCCUAAAGUUCGCGUGACUUACUUUGUGGCUUUCUAUGGCUACAUCACAAAAAUGGAAAUGUUUAGGAAAUUGUCUUCUUGAUUUAGCUCAUCUCAUCUCAUCAGUCAUCAUAAUUUUGAGCUGUACGUUCAUAGUAUAGUUCAGAGUUAGUAAGCCUUGGAGAGCUCUUCAAUAAAGCUUUUAAGGCAAUGAGCAUACUAGUGCAUCAUAUUUUUCCACAUGUGGAAGGUAGUAUCAACCAAAUAUAGUAAAAGUUGUUGUGUUUUUAUUCUAUCUUUCUAUUGCGUGUUCAAAUAUUAAAUGUUUUCAACUUGAAUCAAGUACCAUCAAUUGACUCAUACAAGAGAAGUAAGGACAGAAGGAACAUUUUAAAGGCAGGAGGAAAUGCUAAUUAGUAUCCCUUUGAUGCAUUACAGCUUGCAAGCAGAGGUGAAUAAAUGUAUACUCAGUUGCAUCAGCGCAGGGAUGAGUGGCAGGUAAAAGGUUAGCACAAUAUGCUUGACUUUGAAAACAAAAUUAUGUAAUGCAGGAAAUGCAUUCAACCUAGAGCCAUAUUUCUUUUCAGGACACCGCUUCCUAUCUACAUUAAUUGGCUAAAGCCAGUCAAUCACUUGUGACAAUAACCACUAUUGUUUAGGUGUGCCUCAAAUCUGUGUUAUUUUCAAGUUCUGCAGUUUAUGGUGUGCACUGAAAUAAUGCAUCAUGCUAGACAGGAUGUCUCAUAAAAAUGCAAGCAGGUUUAAAUGUUAUCAAUUAAGAAUGCAACCAGUAUCAGACACACCUGUGAAGUUUGGUUAGUUGUAACAUGCAGAUAAAAAUGAUGUUAACUACAGAAAGGAAGUAAACCUAACUCAAAAGUACCACAGAUCAUGCUAGUGAUGCAAACAUGGUGGGUUCCAUGAGAGUAAUCAAAUUUAACAUUGAUUUUUUUAGGCCAGACAUCUGUAAGCAGUCUAAAUUCAAGGCAUAUAUUACUAGAUUAGUGAGUCAUCAUGGAAGCAAUUGAAUUUUCGACAUGCUUGCUCAGCACGUGCUGCAAUAAUUGGCCUCUGGUUGCACCAUUGGAGAGGUGGGGACUGCCGUCGAGGUGAGAUGCUGUCUGGGAUCAUGUGAUAACAUUUUUCUGUGUCCACUACAGAAGGAGCAAGGUCUGAGGAAAUUCACGAAAGUAAAACUACACUGCUGCUAUGUGUCCAACACAAUAGUUUACUGUUCGUUGCUGCAAUUUUGGAUGCAUGUGAGCCAGCCCAGCAUGAUUCCAGUUAUGUUCAGAAACCCUGACAAGUUAGGUUACUCGAAACAGUGAAUAACUUGCAAGGAUGUGCUGUUAGGCUUGUUGUUUUGUCAUAGUGGUAUUUUCCAGCACAAAAAUUGGACAACCAAAUAGACAACAGCGCUCUACCAUGUCUUGUCCACCAUCGGCUACGUGGACCACAGUGCGCGGGGUAAGAGUUAGGACUUUCGUUAGGUGCGUAUGGAAGUUCGAGUUCAUAAUCAAUAUGUGUGCUCCUGUGUCAAUCAGCGCUAUUACAGGUAUACCGUCCACUUCCACGUCGAUGAGGUUGUGGUGGCCACUAAGUGUAAGCAGAGGAAUUUCGGAGGUCGUCAUGGCAGGUUCACCUCUCAAAGCUGCGGCUGUUAGUUUUCCAAGGAGUGGCGGGAGGAAGGAGGAGAUGGAGAGCGACGAGGCAGAGGCGCGCGGGAAAGAUGUGGGCGUGGCAAAGGGGAACUGUUUGGUCAUACGGGCAGGGACGUUGGAGCGGUGCCUUCUUCGAUGUGUGUCGGCGGGUAGGCUGGCACCGGGUAUUUCAAAAGCUCGGCCAAGGCUGUGAGUUCCAUGAGCUGCGACAAUGGUAGGAAAUAUGUCCAACGUGUUCACAACAGAAGUAGAUAGGCCUGUCAUCAGAAGUGCACCAUUCUUCGAGGUUUCGAUAACGAGGACGAGUGCACGAACUUCAUGGUAGAUCGGGUCUGCCGGGUGAGUGAUACUCGGGUCUGUGGACUUGGCAAUGUUACGGGAGUGCAAUGUUGGCCAAUUGUUGUUGAACGGUCUGGAUGAGGGAUAAUGUUGUGUGGGAAUCGUCUGGGGCGUGAACCUGGGGAGGAACUGGGGAGGCAGCUUCAAUCUCCUGUGAGGCGAUGUGCACUAUACUGUCGGAUGCAGCAGGCAUGGGUGGGAGAUGCAGGUCCUUGCAGGUAGAUGUUGGCAGCCAUGUUAGGAAGGCGAGAAAAGUGGUAGGCAAUGCGACGGCUUUUGGCUUCUUCGAAGUGGCAACAUUGAGCAAUGAUGUCCAGCACUUUCAAAGAGUUCUUGAAGGCAAGGGGAGUAAACGUGUCUGCAGUUCCUUUGAGGAUAUGCGUUACCUUUUCCUCUUCCGCCAUCUUCUUGUCAACCUCGCGACAGAGUGCAAGCAAGUCCUGAAUAUAUGUCACAUAGGACUCAGUGCAAGUCUGAACUCGGCACGCAAGGUCUUUCUGCGUGGGACGCCGGCAGCCAACAGUCUUGCCAAAGAAAUCAGUGAGCUUUUGUUUACACAAGUCCCAGCUAGUGAGUCCCUCUUCAUGGCUCUCAAACCAGAUGCGCGUCAUUCCCACAAAGUAAAAGCUCAGGUUAGUGAGCAUGAUGGUCUGGUCCCAGUAGUUGCUCGUGCUCACCCAUUCAUAUAGUUAAAGCUAAUCUUCAACGUAGGUAAUAUGUGUGCCAGGAAAGGUUCCUGGGUCGCGCUGUUGUACCACGAUGACAAUUGUGCGCGGGAGGUGACAUGCCUGAAGCAUUCUCGCCUUGUGCUGGCAUUGCCAAUGCAGCCAAGGAGUGCCCACUGCGCAAAUCCGUCGUGUGUCUUGGAAAGCCCGCAACAUCCACCAAAAUGUUUUGGGGAGAAGAGAGGUUUAAAUAUAUUUACAGGGUAUUGACAACGCAUUCACUCGUGUACAAGAUGGAAGACAGUCCGUGCGACAUCAGCGAGCAUCGUCGUCUUCUGUACUGUCCUCAGCCUCGUCUCUGGCUGUGCUUCUUAACAAUAUUAAUAUGUAUUGCACAUUCACUAAUGUUUGAAGUCACUGGUGCUGCUACAAGCUGAGCUAUCCUCACAGCAAUGAAAUUUUGCUCACUUGCAAACUGCAUAUCAUGGGCAGAAACUUGCUGUAACACUCCAUUACCCAUUCAAUGAAAUGACCUCGUAACUUUUUUGCAUAGGCAGCUUAAUUGGCAAUAGGAAUCGUUUGACUUUCAGAAAAGCAGUAUAUUUGUCAGUAAGCAUAGCAUACCUGAUACAGCAAUGGUUGUGAAUGAUACAGCCUUUAUAAUGCACUCAAAACUUUUUAUGCUAAUGAUGGCUAUAUAGGGAAUGAGCAAGCCAAGCAAUUGUGCACAAACAUAAAAUUUUAUAAAACUUAUGUUUGCAUGUCCUGAAAUCUAGUGUCUUCAGCACAAACACUCUUCCUCACUGCAGUAUUCUGAAAUAUCCUAGCUUAUGAUGAUAUACAGCACUUCCAGAAGGUAGUACCAUCAGAUGUCAUGCAACCAGUGUCUCCGUAGAAGAAAAUAAGCCUUCACUUGGACCGAUGGUUUCAGGAAUAGCUAGGCAUUUCUGGCAGAGGUGGUUUAACAAGAACAAGAAGGCACUUGAAACUGUCGAAUAUGUAAAGCCUCAUGCAAGGUUUAGUAAAUGUACUGUGCCAGAUUUAUCACAAAAUAGAAUUUUUGAAAUUAUCAACCACCAAAUUCUCUAAUAAUAUGAAUUGAAUAGAGUUAAGUGUUUGAUUUGUGCUUGAAACCUUCUAAUAUUUGCACACCCCCAGUUCUUUUUAUUCAUUGCUUGCUGUGUAGUGAAAUCUGUUUGUAGUGAGUUACGUGCAAUAGGACCAGCGUUAUUGAUAUUUGUUUUUCAUUGUUUAGUCUCAUUUAACAUUCUUUGUGAAUGGGAGUGAGUGCUGUCACUUUGUGAACUAGCUUUUGUGCUAAUGGGCUUGUACUCUGUGAUUCUUGGGGCACUAUGUGUCCUCACUUUGAAGACUGCUACAUGCUGAAGCCACAUUGUGCUUUUAUUGUGAGAGUUGUGAGUUUAUUGUGAGAAUGGAGAAACAUGGUGCUCAGUGUUGAUGGUGGAAGCCACGCAUGUUUGACUACCAUGAUGUGGUCAUUAUUGCAGAAUGACCUAGUAAAAGUAAUAUUUGCCAGGGGCUGUAUUUUGUAACAGUCUGUUUUUAUUUUGCAUUCGUUUCAUCUCAUCACUGGCUUGGACACUUGUGUGCUACUGUUAUCAUCAGGUUUGACCGUAUGGCACAACAGUGAUAAGAAAGUAAGAAUGGAGAAUUACAUUAAUCAUUAUCAAACACGUAUACAGUCUCUGCUGUGCUUAAGCUGGUGGGAGCCUUCAAGCAGCCGUAAUUAAGAAAGCAUCCUAUGUCACUGUUCUAGCUGCAUGAAUGUUUUCAACAGAGAGUACCUGUCACCACUGAAAAUUUUUCAGCUGUAGAUAAAAUGUUUAUACAUAAGGAAAUUCAGCCACAAUUAAAAAGAGGCAUCAUGUCACAAGCUCAAUAGCCUAAGAAGAUCAUUUCUGAAAUGAACUUGAUUACACCUUCCAAUAAUUUGUGUUAAAACCAGUUAUAGCUUAUCAUUUUUAUUUUUAUUAUUUAUAAAUGGCUUUGUUUUUAUUGACUUUUGUCAUACUAACAUACAGCUGGCCAAGUGAAAGUAACAGUAUUAGCACACGUCCAUGUAGCUGAUGUGUCCAGAAUUCAGCUGUAACACUGUUUUCAGAUACCAUAUGUCACAAUACAAACUUUAUACAUACACCAUAUUCUGCGUGUUGUGUACUUGCAUAUAAGCCUGUCUAUUAGUUUUAUUCAGGGAACAUACUAACCCACAGGUCGAUAAGAAUCAGGAGCAGCCAAGGUACUUGAUUUUUUUUCUGGUAACAACCAUAUAAAAACAAUAUUGAAGCAAGGCAAAGCAUAGGGGAACUUGACUUUGUUUUAGUUGAAAUAUAGAAUUAUUAAAGACAAGGGAAAUGGAAGUGUCAGAAAAAACAAUAAGCCACCAAUGGGAGCCAAACCCACAGCCUCCGCAUGAUGCGUGCGAUGCUCUACCAAUUGAGCAUCAGCGGUGACUAAUCUGCCAUAGAAUUUCUUGGUUAUUCAUAUGUGUAACCUAGUGCUGGGAGUGUUUGUCAGCGUCAUUCACGACUGUGACAGAAGAUGUGGAACAUUUUUUACAACCACAGGCAUCAUACAGUACCGAAUCUGAGGAUCAGGCAGCUGAGGCAACUUUCUUGAUCUAUAACGUUCGCAGAUAUUUUCACUUUUUUGUGAUGCGGUGUCAGGCACGAUGCUUCACUGGAGUGAUGGCCAUUCUUUUGGCUGGCUUAGCCGGUUAGCAUCCAUGGAAAGUUAUAGCCCUGAACGUAUCAACUGAGAAUACCGCUCCUAGCCAAUAAACCCUUGUUCAUAUUCAUAUGUGCCUCAAGGCAUCAAGGUUGCCAGAGUUGAGACUCUACUACACAGUGAGUUAGAAGGAUCAUGGGAACCGUGGGCAUAUUGCUUUUAUAUUUUUUUUUUUAUCAAUUGAGGAUGCAUCUCUGCAUCCAGAUAACGUAGCCCUUGCUGAAUGAUGCCUUCCAUGAAAAAUGAUCCACAAGGACACCAACACCAUGGAUGUCAUUGUGACAAAUUUCUUUAGUGUUCAAGCUGCUAGAUGCACUCUCCUCUCUCCGCAUCUUUAUCCAUGCCCACACAUUUUGUGAGACAGUAACACCUGAGUAACAGUUCCCUCCUUUAACUUGACUAUGCUCCAGGUUAUUAUCAAAUUUGCUUUUCAUGAAACAGUAGUGACAGUGGUAAAUGGCGCUUUAAAUGUUUGAGAUGUAAUACCCCAGUCACACAGGCGCUUUCAAAGUCUUUUGAACCAGAGGUCCUUUACUUCAAGGAAAGAUGUGUGCUGUCACAUGGGAACAUAAAAGGAGGUCUAGUCAGUGGGAGCUUUGAGUCAAAGGAGUUUGCAUUUGUCCUUUGAAAUCUGAAGGGGCUACUCUUGAGCCCAAAGGGCAUCUGACAGAAAAAAAAUAUAUUUUGUAUAAAUACAGAAGUUCAACUUUUAUCUGUUAAAAACAAGUUUCACUGUACUAUAGAAGUUUCAAAGCACUAAACACUUUCUUGGCAUGUGCAAUCGCAAUCAUAAAUGCACUAGUACAGCAGUGCCGGCACGGCCUGUUGCCAUCAGCAACAGCGACACAACAUCGGGGCCAUGUGCGGUUUGGUUGUCGGCUGCUAUGCUAUGCGUCAUUACCGUUUUGCAGCAUAAGCUGUUCUGGGCGCAUUCCAAUAGCCACUUCAGUUGGCAAUGGUGUCCACCACCGCCGGUGUCCGUUGUCCAUAGCAGCUAUUGCCAGGAAUCGGAAGGAAAAAAAACUAAAUUCUUGCCAGGAUCGAACCUGGGCCCGCUGUAUGGGAGUCAGCUACUCUACCACUGAGCCACGCCAGCUUUUUGUUUUCUCUAAGAACUAUAUGCUUCACACUGAAAAUAACCAAUUAUAAGAAGAUACUUGAAGGGUUCCUUGCUGGGGCUAGCUCAUGAGUGUACUGGGAUUUCUCUCAACAGGUGUGAGGACCCUUGUCAGAUGUCAUAUCUACACCCUUGUCGCAUAGCAGUCCUCGCAGCAUCGACGUCCCAAUUUCUGGGUGGCCUUGGCCAAUGAAGUAGUGUGCUGCUUGUAGACGAGAGCAUCGAGCUUGAGCUGCCAAUAGACGGUCCAUUUCCUCCUCCGAAAGACUCUUGGAUUCUGCAAUGAAAGUCUCUUUGAGGCUCAAGACAUGACGGCAGGCUUUCUCCAAUUGUCCAUGAGUCACUUGUUUCUCUUUCUGCACCUGCGUUGGAGAGGCAUAUUGCAGUUCAGUGUGUUUUGAGGCACUUGUUACUGUUAGUUCACCUCCUACUUUCAGGCCUGGUAUGGAAGCGAUGAGAUUAUUACUAGUGGCCUGUCUGUACUCAUCAGUUCCCAGUAUGGUGUUCUUAAGAAGCCAAGUUGCGAUGGCCAAGUUCACUUCGACGUCAGAAGCACUUGCUUGAGUUGACAGGGAUAUAAUUUCCCUUGCUGUCUUUAAGAGUGGCCCACGCUUAUAGUUGUCAGCCAACCACUUGGAAAGAUUGGAACUCUUAAGGGCCUUUAAUAUUCCCAUUUCCUUCCCAUUUCCUUCUCAUGUUUUGUGACACUGAUAGCAGUAUUGUGGUUUCUUGACAUCUCGGGUAUGCUGCACAUGUUGAGGUACGUUUCCAUUUCGGAUGUGCUUUUAGGGGAACGAUAACAUUUUAGGGAGAACGAUAACUAUUCUGAUUGAAAGCUUGGCAACACCAGCAGUGAGUGCUGUGAUGUUUGAGGUCAGGCAUGAAAUAGAUGGUAGCUGGCCCAUGCCGUCGUCCAACUUAUCCACGCUGAGGGCGUUGAAGGGAGAGACUUGUUCUCAUCGAGAACGAGGAAUAUGGGAUUUAUUUACAAUAGCUACAUGAGAAUGUUACAAUUCAUCAGUCUAACAUGCAAAGAGGAAUGCACACUGAGGAGCCGCCAACGGCUCCUUAAAUACACACUGUCCUCCCUAGAUCCCUAGGUGAGGGGAAACGGCCGUUCAACCAAACGGAGCGUCCAAAGUCAUUGCAGCCGACUCGCCUUUGAGGGGGAGGGUUUACGCACUCACUUCCGCACAGGUUUCACUGACCACACCAAGGGCAGAGGGUUCUCGCAGACACAGUGCCAGACCCGAGCGGGUGCCUCUCUAUCCCAGAGUUGACCCUGCAUUCAGUGGCCGCUGCGUCUGCCCAUUGACUGACGACUUCUAAGCAGCGUGAGACGGCACCGCAAAGCAUCUCGUUCCAGGAAUUCUCCUGCUCCAACCAGACCUUGGCGGUGACGGCGUAUACACUAACAAUACUUGCUCCGCUGACUGCGGCUUGCCAUCUCACCGCCGUCCCCAUGUUGACGUGGCGCAUUGUCUUCACAAAGCAGGUCGUCGCCGCAGGCCUGCCGGCGUUGAAGGGCUGUUGGCUCGUGCAUUGUAGUCCUUACGAAGCGAGUUGUUGCAGCGGGCUCGGAGGAUUCGACGGUUGCGUCUUCGAAGCUUGCCACCUUAGCAGCUGCAGCUGGCCGGGUACGGCUUGCAGGUCGGCACCUCUGCAGGCCUUUCGUAACAGUGCGCCAAUAUCGGGUACUUUUAUUUCUGUCAUGAUUCAACUGGUUUGAAUGGAUAAAAAGCUGCCUCUGCGGGAGCAGAAUGACGUGAGCCACACCAGCACUUGCUAGCCUGCAGCGGAAAAAUGUCUUAAAAAUGCGUCCUAGGUUGCGAGGAGACGUGCAAUGUGACAUGCGUGCUGCAUAGCAUUGAUACAUGCACAUUUUGCAUUGCAGUUGUGUAUUAUUACACCAGGUAGAAUGCCAUGUACCACAUGCACAGGUAGCGGUAUAAGGCAGUUGAAGGUUUGAGGAAGAAAAAGAAGUAGAAGUUUAAGGAGAUGUAAACAGAAAUGGUAGAAAAAUAUAUAUUGUUGUGUACCUGAUUAAAUCAAGCUGGCUAGGUGACGAGGAUGCCAAUAAAUCAUCACCAUCAUUAACAUCGUAUCAUGCCACUUGUCAGAUCAAGCUGGCUAGGUGACUAUGUCACCGCCACGUUUCAAAGGGGAUGUCAAUAAAUCAUCAUCAUCAUUAGGAUCGUAUCCUGCCACUUGCCUUGUGAUGGGAGAUGAGUGCAGCAUAGCACCUAUGCGUGUGCUCUUUGCAUUGCAGUUGCAUAUUAUUAUGCCGAGUGGCAUGCCAUGUAGCAGUUGCGUAGGUAGCGAUACAAGGUAGAUAGAAAAGUCUUGAGGAAUAAAAAGAAGAUUAUGGAGAUGUAUAAAUAUUUAUGUAAUAAAAAACAUAUAUGGCAUACCUGAUUAACUCAAGCAGGCUAUGCGACUGUUAGUCACCGUCCCAUUUCAAAGGGAAUGCCAUUAAAUCAUCAUAAUCAUCAUUAGCAUCGUAUUGUGCCAUUUGACUCGUGAUGUGAAUGCGUGACGCAUAGUGUUGAUACAGAUUAACUUUGCAUCGCAGUUCUGUUAUAUUCCACCAGGUGUCCUGACAUGUAGCAGUUGCAGUAGCUAGGGAAAUUAUGGAGCAUGCUUUAUUAGAAUGUGAAGAUAUCUGCCCAGCAGUCGAUCUAGGCACCACUGGACUCCUUGAAGCCCUUGGGUUCAGCGAGAGCUAGGGGAAAGUAAACAUGUGCGCAAUAGAGAUUAAUAAGAGGCGAUUGGAAGAUUGGUGGACGAAAAGUAGGGAAACGACAAAAAACGUAGAUGUACAAAAACAAAGUUCACAAUAGGGGGUCAGAAAAUUUGGUUAUGGGAAUUCAUCGUACCUUCUUUUUUUUUUUUUUAACCUAGGUAGGACAUUAGGCAGUAUAAUAGCAAGAGCUUGGUGGCUGGCGCAACCCACUGCCCUGUUCCAAAGCGGAUGCUCAUAACAUCCAUCCAUCCAUCCAUCCAGCAUAUAGCAGUCGCAUGCAGUAUGUAGCUGGACCUGGUUAACUCAAGCAGGCUAGGUGACUAUUUGUCACCACCUUGUUUCGAAGGGGAUGCCAAUAAACCAUCAUCAUCAUCAUAAGUAGCAACAUAUCAUGCCACAGGUCAAGGGAAGUGACAUGUGCAUCACAUAGUCUGGAUAUCUGUGUUCACUCUCCUGUACACGUUAUGGCACCUCUUUGCAAGGUAUGAACCGCUGCUGAAGAAGCGAAUUGUAGAGCUGUGCAAACGGUUGCAACCAGGCAACAAUGCGCUCAGCAGACCGCUGUGCAGAGAGCAGGACUAGGGUCCCUAGAAAUACUUGCUAGACUGGCGUCCGCUGGCUGCGGCGGGGGCUGCUGCUGAAUGAUCGCCGCGGUGGCGCUGCGAGCAAUCGGCGUGCCAUGCCAGCCGCGGCGUCUGCUCUAGACGCGCACGUCUCGCCUCGCGAAACAAAUUCACUGCGCGUGUUGAUUUGCCUUGCGCAUGUGAUUGCAGUGUUUUUUUCUUUGAUUUUAGCUUAGUCGUGGUUUUUCAAUGUGCACUUCAGUUAUUGGCGUAGCGGCGCAAACAAUUUUUUUAUUGCGAAAAAUUUUGGGCGCGUACCCCAGAGUCGAAGGUGAAACGAACCCGCUUAUUUUUACAUCAUAUUCUCCUUUCUGAAUACUGCUGCCCAUCCACGUAUUAUAAUACCGCCUCCUGAGGAAUUUAAAUAAAAAUUUCUUGCAUCAAAAACAUUACCCAGGAUUCUAAACCCCACGACCGUGUGUGUGCGCAACAGUGCGCUAUUGACAGCGCCGUUUUCAUUCAUGCUAUUGAUCUGAUCUCAACUUCUACGGACUAUAAAUGAAGUUAGAAGGCAGACUGAGCACUGGAAACUUCUAGAUGCACGCACAAUUAAAACAUGUAAGAUGAGAACCUGAGCCCUGUAAUCACGUGCUUUAGGCAAACUUACAGACUUACAAACUUAUAAAGUUUACAGCAAUGUAAUGCCCAUUUGAAGCCGUAAAGGAUUUGCUGAUAGGCUUCAAUCCGCAGCCAGGGCACAAACUGAGUUUUGCAAUGUCCUGAAGAAGAUUUAUCGCCUCUUCUGUGGAUUUGACGUCUAACUCCUUCACUUUUUUUCCUCUAAUAUACACAGUAGCCUUCAUGGCAGCGUCAUCCGAAUCACUGUGACGGAGCAGAACUCAUCGACUUACGUAUAAGGCGUCCUGAGAGCCGUCCUCACUUGUGUGGCACUGUGCGAAUGUUACUUGCUGAGCAUCCGAAAGGUCGCCAUUUGUCCAAGGUGGUGGUGGCUGCAGCUCUCUGUGUUCCCUGAGCAGAAUCGCGUCACAUGAUCCACUGCCGCAAGAUUCUUCAAGCACCUCCACUGGUGCUUCAGGAUCAAUGCGCUUUUUUUUCUCUGGUGGUGCUCUGACUCCCGGUGAUUGCUUCUGCUCACACAAGUUUCUAUCCUUGCUCUUCUGGGGCAGAGGUUUCGAGAUAUACUUUGGGGUGUCAGGAAACAGUGUAGGAACAGCAUCAUUCGCGAGUUGCGGCACAUUCCAGGGAAUUUCCACUUUCUUGCCCUGAAUCACAGUCUUAAAACUUCUCUCAAUAAAACACGGUUCGAAGUGUCGCUCGCAAACGACACUAGCUUCGUCGAGCACUCUAUCGCCGCGCUUGAUGUUGCGCUCCCACUGUCGCCUCUUUUCUGCGUCCUUUGGUGUCCUGAAGAGAGAGCAUUUCACCUUGCAGGAACGGUAGCCGCUCUUGCAUCCCGGCACGAAACACGUGCUGUCGCAUUUGUCGCGUUGCCUAGACAUGACGCGAUCGCACAUCUAUGAGCGCACGCACACCAACACACACGCAAGUUAGCGUUCACGUAUUUGGAAAAAACAAACAGUAUGCUGGGCUUGCGACCAAAAAGCAGCGCGCAACACUUCCGCAACCACGGCAGGCACUGCACGACCGUCCCUUUAGGCACAACACUCCGAUUGUGUGCAGCGCCCCCUGCGCAUUCAUCUAAGGCGCAGCCAACCGGUUCCGUGGGGAGCUCCGCGCGAACGGCAGACUAGCAAGUAUUUCUAGGGACCCUAGCAGGACAAGCCGCAGCUCGCCGCCAACAUGGGUGGACAGCUCAGAUCGUUCUUGUGAAAACAAUGCAAGGAGACUUUACCGCAAAGACCUUGUAGUGCAUGGUGCUGAAAGUGGAGCUCCUAUGGAGCCGCUCCUCCACCUUGUGCUGCAACUGUGGUGCGUGUCCCGCACAGGCCUGUGACUUUUUAAUUCCUCAUCACUUUCACGUUUUAGACUGUGUUGCAGUUUCUGUUACAAGCUUCAGCGGAGACCAUCUGGAGAUCGUGUAGCACUGACACAUAUUUCUUGAACUAAUGUUCCUUUGAAAGCUCCGAAAUCCUUAAUAUAAAGGGCCUUUGGUACGGCCGUGUGACUGGGGUAUAAGAGGCAUGCAUGGGCUAGGAGGUGACACACACCAUAGCAGCAGUACUGGCAGCAGCAAAAUUUUUGCGUUACAUUAGGUACCUGUUUAUAAAUCUUAGUCCUCUGAGAUCCUCUCAAUGCAAUACAUGCCAUGCCCAUCAGCACACUGAAAAAUAAGUUGCGUCCAAAAACUGCCAGCCUGGACCUUGACAGUCACUUCUAAUGCCCGCAUUAGAACAAGAGCAUGGCCUUUGAGAUAGGCUCUGAUUGGCUUUGGGGAACCUGCUAGCUAUUUUAACGUAAAAGAAGUGAGGCUACAGAAGUGCAUACAAAUUGCUGUGCUAUGUACUUGCUGUUGAUCUUUCCAAAGGCCAUAAUUGCUUAAAAUGUUUUGUAACACUGUGCCCAGAACUAGCCUCUGGCUAAGGGUGUUCAAACAUUUUCUGAAACUUUAUCAAUCUUGUUUGGGAAUAAACAUUGAACUGAACUGAUUAAAAAUAAUGCUAUAAUUUAAAGAGCCUCAAUGCAAAGUUGUCAACAUAAAGCACAUAAUAUAUUAUAAAUAUUUAAGUUUGUAGAUGCAUCUACUGAUUCUCGCCAAUUUUCUCGGCUGAAAUCUAUUACAAUCUUUUUCUGUGCCUGUGGCAACUCUGGAAAGUAGCUCUGGUGCACUAGUUGUGUCCAGCAUUGCUGCCACUGGAGCAACAGCUUUCAGCUUGGCAAAUGACUGUCAGCACAUGCAAGCUUGAAAUGACGCAGCAAGGCACCUCGAUUUUCCCGAAUGCUACAGCCAGGUUUUUAGUGUAUGUGCAUAGCAUGCCUAUUGCAAGGCAUGAAGGGUGUUCAUAAUUAACUGGGUGUCUGCUUACCUUUCUAACUGUGCACAGUCCAUCAGUUGAUUCUCAUUGUCCAGCUACCUCCCAGUCACUUCUGGCACACCAUAGGGAGGUGUGCUGGGACCAUUACUCUUUUUGAUAUACAUAAAUGACAUUGUUGGUAUGAUUGUGAACCAGGGCAGAUUAGGCUUUUUGCCAAUGAUUGUGUAUUGUUUAAUGAAAUCAAGUCUUCUGAAGAUCAAGUCAUUCUUAAUUCUAACCUUCAGAACAUUAAUUCCUGGUGCAAUCGAUGGGACAUGAAGCUUAACAAUGACAAAACAGUCUUCAUGAAUGUUACCAAAAAAAGAGUAGCCUAUCAUUUCCAUAUAACCUUCCAUCUCACCUGCUCGAGGAAGUUAAUGAAUACACAUACUUAGGUGCUACUAUAACCAAUAAUCUUAGCUGGAAUAAAGAUAUAUCAAACAUAUGCACGUCAGCUUUUAAGAAACUUUGCCUCCUCAGGCACAAAUUAAAAGCUGCCCCUACUAGCGCAGAGCUCUUAGCCUACACCUCUAUCAUCAGACAUAAACUUGAAUACGCAUACACUGUCUGGGACCCUUACACAAAACAUGACAUUGAGGUGUUGGAAAUGAUUCAGCGAAAAUCUGUUCGAUUUAUCUUUAACAAAUGCCGCUCUACUGACUCUCCCACCGUCCUCAUGGUGCAACAUAACAUACAGACACUGGAAAUACGAAUUAAAAUUCAAAGAUUGAAGUUACUUUUCUUAAUCAAAAAUACUAAACUCUCCAUGAGACCUGAUUCAUUUAUUAAGUCCACCACAACACGCCUAACAAGAAAUCAUCACACGGAAUCCCUAACACUGUACAUCGCUAGAGUCAAUGUUUUUCAAUGCACUUUCUUUCCGCACAUAAUAACUCAAUGGAAUUUAUUCCUGACUGAUCUACUAACCAGUAUUGGUGCCUUUGACAAAAUUGCUUAUUGACAGUUGUAGACUUAUUGUUUCUUGUUCCUACUAUGUGUCAUUCUUUACAUAUUUUGUUUACUGCAAUGUAAUUUGCUGUGCUUUUUGUUGUUGUUAUUGUUGUCUUUUUAUUUUGCUCCUCCUGCCAGGACCCAUUUAGGGUCUGCAGUAUGCUGUGAAUAAAUAAAAUAAAAAUUAGAAAUGUAAAUAUGACAUCACUUGGAGCUGUCGAGUGCUAUUGGACUUGUUUGGCACAUAGUUCUUUUAUGAUGAUUGCUGGUGCCAUAAGUCAGAUAAAUUUCCAACAUUGAAAAGUGGACUUAAUAGUUAGGCUUCUGUUGCAUAUAAUACUGGCCUCAUAAUUACUUGUUAUUGCAGCAUGUAGGCAAGGAGACCUGUCCAUAUGCUUCAAUUUAGCAUUUACAUGUUUCAAUACAUUAGCUUUCCUUUUUCACCAUAUUGAGAGGUUGGCUGGUAUACUUGGGCUCAUUGUCUGCAAAUGUUGGAACACUAGAGCUGGACGAGUACUAAAACCUGUGCUCAUUGAAGUGAAAAUUCUGAAUUUCCUAUAGGCAAUACUAAAAGCUAUGCUAAUGGACAGAUUCACCUCUGAAAUCUGCCAUUGAGCAUCGGCAAUUUCACAUGGCUUCACUGUUUAAAUGGUUACUUGCAAUGCAUUCCAUAGUCUUGAGAAUGGUUUAUAUGCCACUGUUGCAGUCACCUCAUUUCACAUAUUAUUAUAUGGUUCAUUUAAGAGACCUGGCAAUUUUUACCACUUUGCUUUACUGACUAUUCUAAGUCAGCUAUGACUUUGAAACAUUUAACACACUCAAAUGCUUUGUUUCUAAUUGUCUUUUCUGAAGGUUUACCUUCACACAUAAUUCAACUUGUGGAGUUGUGUAAGUGACCCAGUAAGGUCAUUUGGUAUGUUUGUGCCUAGUUUUCUAUGUAUUCACAAUCCGCAUUACAUGUGAACAAAAGUUGAAGGUUUGGUCAAAAGGGCUUUCAUACUAAGACGUUGGUGCACUUGUUUUAUGCUCGUGGCAGGUGCCACAUCAGUUACUUAUGCAAGUGAGGUACUGUAACUUGUGUGCCACAGAAAUAGAUGCCAUUGUACCUGGGAUUGUGCAUUAUGUUUUGCAUUGAUUUGCUACCAGCACUUAUUAGAGCUUGUUUUGUUGUUAUGGACAUUAGUCUACAUGUCAUGGCCCAUGGGUGGUGGACCAUGGUGCCCACCAACUGUGGCAUCCACCACUAUGAUUUUUGCAUGCGAGUGCAGUCAUUGUUGACAACCUUAAGGUUUCCUUGACUAUGCAGAAAACGUGCUUGGUAUCCUCCUGUCUUUGUUGCUUGUUAAAAAGAAGGCAAAAAGGUAAAAGUGGACAUGAGUGAAAUUUUUAUCAUAAUAACUUGACCAUCUUGUCUCCAAAUUUGACACAAAUAAUUUGUAUUAGAGCAUCUAUGCUGACAUUUCCUGGAUGUCCCGCAGACUAAAUGUCAUUGUGUAAUGAAAAUGACGGUGUUCAAGAGUGUUUUGCCUCUUCUCAAAAACUGUUAUUUCCCUCGUAAAUCUAAGCUUAAAAUGCAUAACUCAUACCAUGUGUUACAAUAAUACAGACUACCUGAUUCAGCCAUUUAAUAAGCCUUGCAACAUUUAAAGGGCCUUUAAAUGUUUCAGUUGCAUGACAUGUGUAGAAACCAAUAGAACAUGCUUCAACUGCUGCUUCUAAUACGUACAUGUGUACUUUCUUGGGGGGAAUAGUGCGAUUACUGCCAUAACAUACUUGUCAAGUUCAUUUUUGGGCUUCAUUCUUCUAUUAUAAUUUAAUGUUGUUUCUCAUCUCACAUUAUGUUAAUUGCUGUUGUUUGCAGGUAUAGAUUUUUGUAUGUUUGUUCUGAAGCACAAAGUAAUGUCUGUAACAUUCUUUUGCAGUAUGUGUUUGUAGGCAGCAAGUUCAAUAUAUUGAAUAUGCUAUCACGUAAGAAAAUACAAGCUGGUUGUAUAAGUUCGUAAUAUGUUGGAAUUCUAUCUGGUCAGGACAAAUCAUGGCACAUGAAGCCGUUUUCUCAGUAACUAUUUAAGGAUAGCAGAAACUGACCACUUUGGGAACAUUCAUUUUGUAUUUUAUGCUUUACUUGGCUGAUGUACUGGUUUCCUUUACUAGGGGUAUGUCAUGUGUGCUUUGAUGUUGAGACUGCAGUCUCAGUCCUAGGUCAGUUCUUGUAGAAUUGCAACUUUUUGGUUUUCAGACUUCCUGUUGCAAAGUUUUGCCUAUGCAAAGCACGUCUGCAAUCUUACUAGUUGCACUUGCUUCAUUCUAAGCAUGGCCAAAGUGGUCUCAUUCAUAGCUUUUAGCCUGCUCGAGUGGUAUUUUUCGUUUUGCCAAACUAGUACAAAUCUUUAAAGCAAAGAUGGUCUUCUCUGCUUUAGCUUGUUUUAAAAAAAACUGAUCUUACCAAUGCUGCCAAUUCCAUUUCUAGUUUUAAUUUAGUGGUAAUUCAUGUUGCACCACUGAAGCCUUUUCAUUUUAUUUACAGUUCCAGAAAUUUCCAACAUGUUUUAUUUGCUUCUUUUAUUCAUGUUCAUAUGUAUGGAUCUAGUCUUAUUCCUUUUUACUUUGUUAUAUUUUGGGGGUAGUUAUUGGCUGCAAAAGUUAGUACAGUGUAAGUAAUCUUAUGCCAGAAAUACAUGCACAGAGAAGAAUGUUGCUUCUAUGAAAUACCUUCUUAUUUAAUACCUUUAAAUGCAAACAACACCUGAAUUCUUGUUUCCACUUUUAGCAAAGGAACAUGAUUUGGUCUAAAACAUCAAAACUGAGGGCCAUGUGUGUUUGUGCUGUGAAAACUACCAUCCGUCCAGUACAGAUGCAUACUUUCAUCUUCUGUAUGUGUCGGUUUAGUGGUUGUUCACAGCUUUCUUUUGUAGAAGUGACCGCAACCAUUGAGGUCUGUGAUUAUUGUCAUAUAAUGGUUCUGGUGUUUCUUCGAAAUAGGUAGCUUCUUCAUGCCGAAGUAUAAAUUUAUUUGCACCUGAAUUUCAUUUUGUCAAGUCAGUUGUUUUGGUACCAAAAAUCUGUUGUUGAUGAUUAUUUCAAGCAUAAUUUUUUUCUUCCUCAUUUUUCUGGAAACGUCAACAAAACUGUGUUAAAGUUGUGUUUUCUGUCCCCUUAUUAUUUUAAUUGUUUUAUUACACUUAAUCGCUUGUGCCCAACUUAGUCACAGGGUUGUGGACCAUUCUUUUCCACAGUGUUAAAAGUGAACUUUUGUUUUUAUAUUAAUUAAGCUGUUACCAAGUUGUGACCUGUGAAGUAUGGUUCUUGCUGCAUUUGUUCGAGCUACAGCUCAGAAACAAAGGCUGAAAUAAAACAUGAGACAUUUUA